CAAAACCGUCCUACUGCUUCUUCGAACACGUGGUGUUUGUCAACUCGAAAAAAUCUCACGCGGUUCCCAAGAGUGUAUGAUCAAAUUUAAAGGGAAGAAGAGCAGCGGCCAAUCUGUACUGAAAAUCGCGCACUAACGAUGGAUUUGAUAAAUGCCAUCGAUUCCGAAGACAAACAAUAUGAUAUUUUUUUGGAAAAUUUACUGUCCAUACAUGACGAUUUACCAUCCACCGACGAAGAAGUUAAUACUUUGCAAAAUGCCAUAAUUUCACACAUUAAUUCCCGAUUGAAUCAAUCGGGUACGCGUCACGAUGGUCUCAAUAUUUUGACUUAUAUUCUGCCAAAAUGUUCGAAAGAGAUACUCACCAAAUACGCCAUGCUCUGGAUGGCCAAAGCCAGUCUUGUUCUUGAAGAUGCUCAAAAUGGUGCCCGAGAAAUCACAUUGGCCUGUAAAGUUCUUGCCUCUUUGAUCGUCAGGUGCAAAGAUGUUCCAGAAUUGCACAAAACUGUUUCUAUGCAAACAGUCAAGCAACUUUUAAAUACAAUUGCCAAUCAACAAUCACAGAAAAAAUGUGGAGCUGCUUUGUUUGUAGUAGCAACAAUUCUUUGUCAUUACAAAGAACCGAGCGAACGGUUACAGGCCACGAUCAAAAGAAUGAUUCUAUCAUUGAUCGAUGCUGAUGAAAGAAAUUUGGUUGAGGCCGGGGCAAAUUGUUACGCUCUAUUAGCCAGAGUCGGCGAACGUUCUUUCAAGCCGCCAGCUUUUAAACCAACUUAUACAGGUUGGGUUUAUGAUCAAGCGUUACUUUGCAACAGUCUCCAUGCGAUAAUGGAUGAUCUUUUCGCUGGCUUGGUGGAACUUGAAAAUCAUGAUGUUUGGGAGAAACUUGAUCUCCCAAGUAUUCCUGAGGACAAUAUUAUAGAAUAUUAUCAAUCUCUCGAAAAGAGAUUUGCUAAUUUAUGUGUUUAUUUGUCGACCAUGCUCAGAGGUUGCUCGGGGAAAAAUUCGGUCAUUCCAAAUAACAUUUUACAAGUUUUAUGCCGAGGUUUGGCCGUUACACCCUUGAGUUUGAGGAACGGUGAUUCGUUCAAAAAACAAAUGCUCCACUUCGUUUUACCGAGUUUACACGUCAGCUUGUUCAGAGUCCUAGACGCGUUUAUCGAAGGGUUCCAAAAUCAGUUGAUGCCAUUUGCCAUGACGGUACUCCAACUUUACCAGCAAACUUUAAAAUGGACUGAACAAGUUGGUGAGAGUAAAACUACCAUUGGAAGUGGAAAACCAUUCAAAAAUCUGAGAAUCGCUGUUUAUAAAAGUUUAGCAACGUGGUCGUCUUGCCUUGGCAUACUUGCGGGAAUUGAACUUGUAGCAGACGACUUUUUGAUUAAUAUUUUAAAGGACAUCACUCCUGAAAAAAAACGAGUCUUGCUGACGGUCCAAAAGACGCAGAAUCUUUCGAAAAGAGCUCUGAAGCGAUACAAAGACAGCCAGUACGAGAAUAGCGCGACUUUGGGUAACGCAGUUUCCGUUAAAAAAGAUUCAUGUUCACGCGCUGAUUUGUGUGAAAAAGCACUGCAAGCUUUGGAAAAUAUUUUUCACAAUGCUAAUGGCUCUCUCAAACAAUCGUUCUACAAAACUACACAAAACAUGAUUGUUCCACUAUUGUACGACUAUUACCUGGGUAAACACGAGGAAAAUUUCUACGAGGAAGACAGUGCGUGUCGUUUUCAUCUUUUACGCGUACUGCGAGCGAUUCAGUUGCAUCCUCAUCCUUCGACCCCACCGCCAACUCAAUACUCUAUUGAGAUAUUUGGCAUGGCUUUGAGAGACAUGGAUUCAACGAUAGUCCAAGAAGCUAAACUUGUGAUUGCGGAAAUUGAGAAAAUUGCGCAUCCGAGUUGUCCGAGUUUACAAAUUCCGACGCAAAAAGCCGUGGAACCGAACGAAAAACAGCUAGGAAUUCAUUGGAGUCGUCCGACACCUGAACAACAGAUGAACGAACAAAACGGUGUUGUUCAGGUUGACAAUACCGUAUGGGAGAGAUUUAGAGAGGUGAGGAAUGAGAGCGUAACGACAGAACAAGCACAGGAAAAUAAAACGCUACUCAAAAAUGCAUCCCAGACUGAAAAGUCGGACGAGGCUGCGAACGGAAUUUCGGAGAUUCUUGACGGUCCUACACCGAGUAAACAAAUAAAAAUCGGCUACAUUGACCCUAGCGAGCUCAUGGACACAAGCGAGGACGAAAUUAUUAUUACGAGUCCUCUCAAAGAUGACACAAACGUCUCGCAUGAACAAGUUCGAUUGACUACUCAGGCGUCACCACGGAAAAGUGCAUUGGGCAAAUACACGACGGAACAUACUCGAGAAAACGACGAUUCGUCAAGAAGCGAAAAUGAACCCUCGUAUCUGACUCUUCGAGAAAUUCAAAGAGACGAGGACAAUAUGAGAAACUCGGGUGAGUCUUCGGAUAACAAUUCGCCGAAUGAUAAUGAAAAAAAAUUGACCGACGACUCCAAAUCACUCGGUGAUUAUUUCGAGGACGAAGCUAUGCUAAAUUUGUUUUGUGACGAAUUGAAGGAUUCGUAAAUUGAGAAAGAAAAACAAUGUAUUUUUAUUUACUUUAUGUGACGCGUUUCUUCCUCCCUGAUAGCAAUAAAAAUUGCAUUUUUGUUUUUUGCCAAGAAUAAA